AUGGCCGAAGGACCACGAAAUCGUCCACUCAGAGAUUACGCUGCUCCAUCACAACAAGAGCCUCACAAUAGUAUUGCUGCCCCUACAUUCAACCAAAAAGAUUUCAAGUUGAAACCAUCAUUGAUAUCAACCAUUCAACAACACCAAUUUUCAGGAAAUCCUACCGAGGAUCUCAACGAACACCUGACGAAAUUCGUUUACAUGAUAUUUCCUCGAAGCAAAAAUGUCACGUUACGAGCCCAAAUCAACAGAUUCAGACAAAAAGACACUGAAUCACUCUUUGACGCAUGGGAGCGAUACAAAGACAUGAUGCGGAUGUGUCCACAUCAUGGAUUAGAAGACUGGCUCAUCAUCCACGCAUUUUACAAUGGACUCUUGCACAACAUAAGAUUGUCAAUAGAUGCCACUGCUGGUGGCACUCUUAUGGAUAAGCCAUACGACAAAGACUAUCAACUUAUCGAAAACAUGGCUCUAAACCAUUAUCAAUGGGGAAGUGAAAGAACACUUGUGGAGAAGUCUCAAACCAAAGGCGGAAUGUACGAAAUUAGUAGCCUAGAUAAAUUUAAUGCUAAGCUAAAUGCUCUUACCCAAAAGAUAGAUAACUUGACUCUACCUCCCGCAGCCACCGUGGCUGUUGUAACUCCUAACUGCGAAUUAUGCAGAGUUCCUGGACAAGCUGCCUCUGAAUGUCAAAUCUUGGCAAGAGUCUUAGUUGAUCAAGUUAACUAA